UUAUUGCUGUCAAAAUUGUCAAAUAGUUUAUUUGACAAAUCGAAUUUAUUCAGUCAAAAGGAAAAUGUUAUCGGGUUUGUGAUUAAAGUUCCCAUUAUUGCAAUAAUAUGAAAGUUUUUGGUAAAGAUAACAUGUGUACUCAUGAAGAUUAUUGAGCGACAUUAUUAAUGGCCGAUUUACCGAAUGGCUGGGUUCAGCUGGUACCUUUCUGAAGGCUUCCAAGUUAUUAUUGAGAAGUCGAAGGACGCAAAAUGCUCUCUAAAAGAUAUCCAAUUGCGUUUCUUGUGCCCUGAUGACCUAGAGGAGGUGAGAUCUCUGUGCAGAGAUUGGUUCCCUAUAGAAUAUCCACAGUCCUGGUAUGAGGACAUAACAUCGUCAGAAAGAUUCUUUGCCCUAGCAGCAGUGCACAAAAGUGAGAUUAUAGGCCUUAUUGUGGCAGAAAUAAAGCCUUAUUUGAAACUGAAUGCGGAAGAUCGGGGAAUACUAUCAAGAUGGUUUGCAUCAAAGGACACACUUGUUGCUUACAUACUGUCUUUAGGAGUAGCUCGUUCGUUUCGGCGCUCGGGUGUGGCGACCAUGCUCCUGGAUGUCCUGAUCAACCACCUGGCGGGGCCUGUGCCGCAGCCGCCACAUGAGCACCGCGUCAAGGCAAUAUUCCUGCACGUACUCACAACCAACACAGAGGCUAUACUUUUUUAUGAACAUAGAAGAUUUCGUCUGCACUCGUUUCUGCCGUACUACUACUCGAUCAAGGGGCGAUGUAAGGACGGGUUCACAUACGUGUACUAUGUGAACGGCGGGCACGCGCCGUGGGGCCUGUACGACUACGUGAAGUACGUGGCGCGCGCGGCGUGGCGCGGCGGCGGCCUGUACCCGUGGCUGUGGACCAAGCUCCGCACGGCGCUCACCAUAGCCUGGCACAGAAAUUCCCACAAAACGUAGAAGUGCAGUGUGUGCGCAGUGGUUGAACGAGAGAAUUUAUGAAAUAUCAAUAAGUUAUGGAUUAUUUAUAGAGAGCACUGUUUGUUGUUUUAUACGUUGACGUGAAGCCAAAUUUGAUGCAAGUAUUUUUGCACAAGUAACAACACACGAUGUGCUGGUGACACACGUUUAUAUGAUACGUAUCUAGGAUAGAGACACCGUACACGAAUAAAUUCCAGCGACUAAGGUCCCCAAUGGACUGUCAAUUUGGCUUCAUAUAUUAAACUGACAAAGUUAUUUGUGAUAUUUUUAUUACUCAAAGCUUUAAAUUUAAUAAUUCAUUGUAUUUUCAUAUUGUGCGAACAAAUAAUUGACACAUUUACACGUAAUAUUAAUUUGGUUCAAAUAGUUGCGUUUGGUUGAGUGUUGCGGAGGGCAUCGAAUGCUACAGAAAUAUAACAAAGUGCCACGUGCCAUGAUAUACUGCCAAGAUUACUAAAGUAAGGUGCCUGUGUGUUCAAUGUAAGUAAUGUACGGAUAAACAAUAAUAUUGUAACAAUAACAUUUAUUUACGCAAUAUGUGCAAUACCUGUAUCGGCUAUGAGAGCAAUGCUAACGGAGAGAUCGCUACGAGGUCGGGGCAGGUAUCAGCGCAAUUCAGAUCACCAACCUUAUUAGGUUUUGUACAAAUAAGAGUCGUGUGACUUUGACUUAAGAUUCUUUUCAAAUUUAAUUAUUUCAAGAUAAACAGACUAUGGUGUGUAAACACCGUCGUCAUAAUAAUUUAUUUUGAGAGUUGUUUAAAUGCUCAGUUAGUCUUUUCUAAGCACUAACACUAAUUGAGCAGAUACGAAUUCAAACCAUACUAACUAAUGAUGCCCUUUCAAUCAUUAUUGAAAGGAAAUAACUGCUACAAUUUAAAUUAUUUCUAAAGAGAAAUUUAUUAAAAAGUUAAUAUGACGAAAGCGCUCUAAAAGCGUUUGUUGAGCAUGAACCUAGGUUAUUUAGGAAUGCAACAUUUAUUUUUUUAUUUGUUUUACUUAUAAAAUGUAUAUCCGUCCCGAAUAAAAAAUAAUGUACAAUAUUAA